CUCCGAGAAAAUGACCAAAAUGAAGUAUGCAACAUUUUUAACAACUUUGUUUGGCCUGUGUUUCCAGACAAUUGUGACCGAAAAAUGAGUCAAGUGCGUAAAACUUGACAUCCAUUUGUGCAAGUGAGAGAAUAUUUGUUGCUUUUAUUCUUCGAGAUUGGAAAAGCCGAUGUGCAAUCAAAUGCUUGAAAUUAAAUCUGGAAAAUAACCUAGUUUUUAAAAAUUUUCAUUUAGAACUUAGGCCAAACUAUUGUGCACUACGAAUUUAAGCUAAUAAAUAACUUACUAUCAUAACACAUAGAGCAAUCGUAAAUAACCAAUUAUAUUUAUUUAAUUGAUCGAUUUAUUUAUUUGCCUGCUAUUUAAUUGUGAAACACAAACACCUUUACUUUAUUUUUUAAAUGCUUUUUGGGGAAAAAAUAAUUUAUUAAUUGUUUGCGGACGAAUGAAACCAUAUUGUCACAGAAAUAGCUCGACAUGUCUACCAUUUGGAAUUGCGAUUUAGGAAACAAUUUGCCUCAUUGCGUGUUCUGGGAGAUGCAUAAAUAAUUAAAAUGUUCGCAUUAGUUUUUCAUGCCACUCGCAUGUUGCCAGCUCCAAUUUCAAUAAGCACUCUAAUUGUUUUUAAGUGUUUUUCCAGCAGCGACAACAGCAGCCGUGUGCAGCGCAAAUGAGCCGUAAUUGCAUAAUUCUAAUUUAGCGUCGAGUUCUAAGCACCGAAAAACAUGUUGACUACAAUUUAUGCACGUGUGUGAGUUCACGAGUGAGUGAGUGUGGGUGGCUCUGCGUCAGUGUGUGUUUAGAAUCGUGUGUGCAGUCACUCAUUUUACUUAAUAACUCAGUGCAAGUGCACGUAAAUUCUGCUCUGGAGUUGAAGUUUGGCCAUGGCCAAAAGUGGGUGGCUCAAAGUCUGGUUUUGGGUGCAGUGGGUGGAUGAGUUAACAAGCAGCUUUGUGUGUGAGGUGGGUGGAAAAGGUGUCGGAAAAGUUUAACGUACUCACGGAAAGCCCAGGUGGCAGCAAGUGCUGCAAAAUGUAUCGAUGCAGGGGUCGAUAGUCAAAAAUCAGUGGGGAGAAAUGGAUAUGUUACCAAGCUUAUAAUUAAAAACAAAUUUGAAGCAAAAAUAUAAAAAAAAACAUUCCAAUGCGGGCUUAUAUUGUAAAUAAUUUGUAAAUGUCAACUAAAAAUGUUUGACUUAUUUCGUAGGCAGUCGAUGACGCAUGUUUUGUGAAUCGACCUUGUUACAAUAAUCGGUUUUCAGUUUACAGUUUAAGUGUGACAAUUUCAACUUGAUUUCUGUGUCAUCUGUUCCGCAAAAUGCCAGAAUUUCAAGUGAACAUAAAUGCACGCACACAUUUCCACUGCUGAGUGUGUAUUUAAAUCCUUAUUGCGACACCUGCACAAAGCAAAUACCAAUUAAAGGCUUUUCACAUGCAGUCGAAUGCCAACUUUGUAUGAGCGGCGUGGGCGGUGGGGAGUUGGGCUGUUGGUAAGAAAUUCGUGUGUGGGCAAGGAGACCGCACAUGCAUGCCAUUAAGUUGCCACGCCCUCCACUUGCUCUGUUUACUGCACUUCAAAAAAAGCGCUAUAAGGUUCUGAGCAUUCUUAAAACACUUUUCUUACCACCAGAAGCAACUAUGUUUUGAUUUACUUUUAGCUAAUUUAAGCUAUUUAAGUUUUAUAGUUUAUAUUUAUAGUUUUUGUAAUGGCUAAUAUAUAUAUGUUUUUCUCUCUGUGGAUGCACAUCUACCCGAGAACGGAGGACAAACAAAUUUACACAAAUGGUAGCUGACCGUGUCGUGCUUGGUCAAGACCAAUUUAUAUGCACCGGUCAGUUUGCCACGAGAUCCCGGAGUUCAAAGAUCUGGUUAUAAAGCGCCUACGGUGAGCAGAUAUGGGGAAGGACCAAGUGCUGCGGCAGAAGCGGAGCUACGGCUUUGUGACCAACAUCAAGGAUUACUGCACCAAUUGCACACUGGCAGGAUUCGCUUACAUUGCCAACUCAAGACUGCACUUCACGGAACGCAUCUUUUGGCUGAUUUGUGUGUUCAUUUCGUCGUUGGGCUGCUACCAACUGAUCAUGGGAUAUCAGCGGAGUUUUCCCACACGAGCUGUGAGCAUUGUGUUCGAGAGUCUGCCGCCAUUUUCCAAAUGGAAAUUUCCUGCUGUUAGCGUCUGCGAACUGGCCUACCGUGGAAAUUUGUUCUACAAAUUCGAGGAAUACAUAGAAAGUUUGGGCAAGGACGUAGCCGGGGAUUAUCCAUAUGAUGUUGAGACCGGUAUAUCGAUCCUUCUGUUUCCUGCCUUGUAUAAUGAGAACGGAUUGAAGGGAAAGUGUGGAGUAGUGCACAAGAAUUGCACCGAAGCAUGUGCAAAGUGUCCGUCGGACAACUACCGGCAAAUCUUAACCUGGUAUGGAGCCAACUGCUCGGAUCUGUUCGUGGAGUGCAAACUAUCCCAUAAACCCUUCGACUGCUGCCGGUACUUCAGACCCCUUUUGACUCCAUUUGGCCGCUGCUAUAUGCUCAACUCGCUGCUGAACAAUGAACCUGGCUCGAAGUACUGGCUGCCCAAUGAGCUGGAUCCCGCGAAUCAGAAGGCUGUGAUAAAUGUGAUCACCCAUUUGGAUGUGCAAAUAAGCGUGAUAAAUGCGGAAGAUAUUCCACAUACGGCCUUCUUUCCACCCGGAAUUCCCCUGAUUACCGAGGGACUGAGCAAGUAUAUGCAAUUUAACCAGAUCGUAAUGAAGAACGAUCCGGAUGUUAAGGACGUUGAUCCGAAGAUCCGCAGCUGCUUUUUCCCAGAGGAGAUACCGCCCAACAGUCUGUACAAGUCCUACAGCUUCAGCGUCUGCAUCACCGAGUGCAUUAGGGGCUUGCAGAUGAAAGCCUGCAACUGUACGUCAUUCCUGUACAAUCCCAAUGCCGAUCCACGGUAUCCGGACUGCAAUCUGGAGGGAUUCUUGUGUCUGGAGAAGACGCGUAUGAUCAAGCCCGACUCCAGGGUGCUGGUGAACAACAACAAGGGCAACAAUGCCAGUUGCGGCUGCCUGCCGUCCUGCAAUGAUGGCGACAUUACUACCAUUUACGAGCCCGCUUUAUUUGUCAGGAAUCAAAACAAGUACUACAACGGCACUCUGGACAUGCCUUUCCUGCCAACGGAUCAGUAUCGCCGGCAGUCCCUUCGCACGCCUCUGGACGUCGUGGUCUCCAUGGGCGGCAUGCUGGGUCUCUUUCUGGGGGCCAGCAUCCUCAGUGCCAUUGAGUUUGUCUACUAUUUCACAGUGCGACCCCUUAGCAACAUGCUGGGCGCUCGCGCCGCUCGUGCGUAAUUGGUCAACUGCCAGCGGCAAGUCGAAAGCCACUGCAAAAAGUUUUCGAGAAAUUUACAACAAAAAAAACUUAUAAAAAAAGUUCCAGUUAGGUAAAAACUCCACUAAAAUCAUUACAAAGCUUAUUGAACUUUAUUUUUUUUAAUUAUAAAGGAAUUAAGAGUUCCUCAAGCUUAACAAGGGAAUGGUAGCUUCUAUACGUGCAUUCGCGUCGUCAACCAAAGGGAAGUGUAUUGAAAGAGAAGAACGGAAUCCAGAGUCUCACGAGUUGGCUGCGCCUUGACCUCAGUCACAAGCGGCGUAUGCGCAAUUUAAAAAUUUUAUUAAAUAUUUGCUCGACUCGGUCACUGCAAUGCGCAUUAAAAAUGCAACCAUGGCAUGCCGUCAGGAUGCCAAGGAUAUUCGUACCGAAAAGCGAUGCUGUGCGAGCCAAGUGUGAAACUGAAAAUCAAUGAAACUCACAAUUUGCCCAGUCAGCAAACGCCUCUUGGCGACAACUGCAACCAUUUUACAUUUAUAUACCUACAUAUGUAUAUACAUAUACGAUGCCUCAGAUUUUGGCCACCUUUCAAGCCUGUUAAGUUUCUCAUUCGCCUGGGCCAUGUUGCUUAGCUUUAAAUAUUUAAAGCGACACAACAAUAGAAAAGUGUGCUAAAAGCAAACCAGAGAAAUGUAAUCACAUUAAUUCUUUGCCACAGGCCUUCUUCUUUGCCGUUGCCGUUGCCUUUGCCUUUUUCGGUCAUUGUUGCUUUUGGUCACCUCGACAAAGGUUAAUUAAUUAUGCUCUACACCAAUUAAAAAGACACGAAAUGGGCCUAAGCUUUUAGCGCACGGAAAAUUCGAGUGAAAUGGGCUUAAAAAGGAAUGUGGAACACUGUCAGAAGUGGGUCGUUGGGAAUAUUUGAAAAGCACAUUUGAAACCAAUUAAAAAUUAAUUAUGGCAAACUAAGAGCAAAAUCUAAUAGGAAUUGGUGCCCUAAUAAUUCUAAAGAUAAUGAGUUCAUGAAAUGAAUACAUUUCUAUAUUAGUGAACAUUAAAAACCAAACUAUAAAAAGAACAAGUUUAUUAAUAAAGUACAUCGAAAGUUUAUA